GGCGCUGUAUCUCCAUGAUUCCAUCAUACCUAGCCUCACUACAACCUCGAUAUAAAGCCCUAUAAUCACGUUCUAUAACCCUCCUUUGCUGCUUUCUUUUGUCUGGUAGUAUCUUGGCAGCCUUGGGUCCUUGGCGAUGCCGCGCGAAAAUAGCUUCACAGACUCGGAGGGUCGCUCUCUGACACCAGACCUCGAUGAAGAGUUCGACCUUCCCGAGACCGGUUCGCCUCUGGCAUCGCCCAUUGAACCAGCUCAGCGACCCCCUCUUUCUGUUGUUACGCCCGGGGUAGACUCAGUGGGGAAUGGUACGAGUAAUGGCAAGCAAGUCCCAGCAGCUAGUAUGGCCUCUGAGCCCGCUGGUCUACCUUCGAAGGAGCCGGUACGACCGACUUUCAGGACAACCUCAACACCCGGGGACCGUUUUAGACAGUCAGUGCGGAAGGUCAUGCAAAUGCACCGGACAUCGUCCGUCAUCUCAGGCAGGGGGAUGGGUGCAGGCGCGGAGCCCGGUGUCGACCCUCGUCGUCAGUCGGCGUACCUCCAUUACGGGCAUAUCAGGCAGGACUGUGUCAUUGAAAUGAUCGACUACUCGAGCACGAGUGCUAUGACCGGCCGGUAUACGAACAAGGAAUUCGUAGGUUUGCUGGAAGAUGAGCGGGCGUUCCAGCGGGACCCAUGGGUCAAGGUGCGGUGGAUCAAUGUGAAUGGGAUCAGCUGGGAUGUCAUAAGCAGUUUGGCACUCAAAUUCAAUUUGCACCCCCUGGCCCUGGAGGACGUUCUGCACCAACGAGGACAUGCCCGUUCAAAAGCUGACUACUACACCCAGCACCUGUUCCUCCGCAUUCUCAGUCACUCCCUUGCCUCAGACGACGAGGUCGUAUCCUCCACCUUCACCGACUUCCCGCGGUCCGCGUCCCCGGUGGACAUGGAACCGUCCGAUCAUAAAUAUCGGGAUUCUGAACGGAGCACUGAGGAGGACGAUGAAAGAACUGUGUAUGGCAAUUCUUCCGCCAUGAACUCUAAGUUCUCCACCCGGAGGACUAAGCGUGGUACCAUGAAACGGACGCCUUCGUAUAGGAUGGAGUCGGUCAAAGUGGAUUUGGAGAGCCCGGCCCCCGUGGUUCGCCAAGACUCGUUGAGGACAAGAAAGCGCGAGCGGGAUGCUCGUACCAUCGAGGAGCUCAAGAAGGGCGGCCGUGUCAACGUGAAGAUUGAGCCAGUCUGCAUAUUCCUCUUCCGUGAUGGCACUGUUAUUUCCAUCAAUAAAACACCCACGACUGAAUUCAUGGCACCUAUCAUGGCGCGGUUACGGCAGCGAGACACGACGCUACGGCUUAGCGCGGACGCGUCCCUGCUUGUUCAGAGUUUGCUGGAUCUGAUCGUUGAUCGCUGCCUGGAAGUUGUGGACGAGUACCAGGGCAAGCUCGUGAAGCUCGAGCACGACGUCCUCCUCAAACCCAAUAUGCGUACGGUCCGGGAGCUUCAUAUCAUCUCGGGCGACCUCAUCCUACACAAGCGUACACUGGAGCCAAUUAAGACAGUUGUCUACGGCCUGCGGCGCUAUGAUAUCGACCGCUGUGCGGCCCUGAUUGAUCCAGCACAAUACGACCCUAGCAAGCCGCCAAAGGGAUUCAUGAGCCACAAGGCGAAGAUAUAUCUGGCAGACGUGUUCGACCAUAUGGAGUAUAUCCUGACGAGUGUCGAUAUGUUCGCGAACGUGGCCGAGAAUCUCAUCAACUACACGUUCAAUAUGACGUCGUAUGAGAUGAACGAGGUCAUGCGGCGCCUCACCUUAGCGACUAUCAUCUUCCUCCCCCUUACCUUGCUUACUGGUUACUUUGGUAUGAACUUCAGUGCCAUGUGGUCCGUUCAAAACAAUUCAGACCUGCUUUUCUGGGAAAUCGCGAUCCCAGUGAUGAUCGUGGUUACGUUGCUGUUCAUGUGGAAUGACAUCAAGAGAGCUUUCCACUACGUACAAAAGCGACUCGUGGCACGAAAAAUCGACAAGGGCUACAAAGACGACUAGGCACUGUCGGUCUUCCAUUUUACUAUUUAUCAUCGGAGUCUUCCGCUAUGAUGCUGUCUGGAGACUCAGUAUGCCUCAUUGAUUGAGUACCGAGAGGUUUGGACUUAGAACGUGUUCCAUGGACUGUCGGUUCUGUAAUACUACGUAUAUCCCACGUUGUUCAUGUUCCAUUGCUCCCAUCCUUCGUUUAACUGCACUCUAGCAUAUUUAUUUUAAAGGCGACACGGCGCGUUUAAUAUUACCCAUGAC